AUCUUCUGGCCAAUCACCGCUGUCUUCAGAUGACGUCUAAUGUGUGCGACUUGGUUAGCAACAUGCGGGAUGAAUGUUUUGACUGAAGCCAACGUGUGUAGUGAUAAAUAAGCAAUUUUAUUUGCUGUAGCUGCAAAACAUAUUUAGAUUCGGCAUUUCUCGUAUGCAAUAUGGCAAAUACCAACCUUCAUUUUAAAACUAAUUAUGAUGUUUCCAGCAAGAUUGAACCGUUUUACAAAGGAGGAAAAGUGCAGAUCAGCAAAGAUGAGAAGUACAUCUUUUGCACUUGUGGAUCUCGUGUCAAUGUUUUGGAGAUCAGCACAGGAAAGAUCGUCCACAGUAUUGAGCAUGAUGAUCAGGAGGACAUCACAUCAUUUGCACUCAGCUGUGAUGAUGAGCUGCUGGUAACAGCCAGCAGGGCUCUGCUGCUGAAGCAGUGGGACUGGAGGCAAGCUCAGUGUACUCGCUCGUGGAAGGCCAUUCACACUGUUCCUGUAGCCAGUAUGACCUUUGACUCCACCUCUACGCUCCUAGCCACAGGUGGAUGUGAUGGCACCAUUAAGCUUUGGGAUGUGGUGAAGCAGUACUGCACUCACAACCUGAAAGGGUCAUCUGGCGUUGUACACCUAGUUCAGUUCCACCCAGACAUCAGCCGGCUGCAGCUCUUCUCCUCCUCUCUGGACUGUGGCAUUCGCCUGUGGGACCUGCGCUCCAGUCAGUGUGUGUGUGUGCUGCAGAGCCACUACAGCGCUGUCACCUCCCUCAGCUUCAGCUCUGAUGGUGGCACCAUGGUCAGUUCUGGCAGAGAUAAGAUCUGUACAGUGUGGGAUCUGAAGACUCGGAAAGUCAAGAGAACGGUACCCGUUUAUGAGGCUGUGGAAGGUGUUGUGCUGCUGCCUGACAAUAAGGACUUCUCUCAGAUUGGAGUGAAGAGCAAAGACUUGCAUUUUAUCACAGCUGGCAGUAAAGGUGUACUGAGAGUAUGGGAGACCACCACAGCACGCUGUGUCUACACCCAGACUCUCCCCUCCACCCUCACCCCUGUCUCUGGGGAGGAGGAAGAGAAGGACGAUGACCCCCGCAGUCUAACGUAUCUGUUUCACCUGCCCACCUCCUCCAGACUGGCCACAGUCACUGCAGAACACAAUAUAUUGCUCUACCAGCUGCCUGGCCUCACCACACAGCAGCAGUUUGUGGGUUACAAUGACGAGGUGCUGGAUGUGAAGUUUCUGGGUGAAGGUGACAGCCACAUCGUGGUGGCCACCAACAGCAGCCAGCUGAAGGUGUUUGAGCUGCUCACCAACAGCUGCCAGAUCCUCUACGGACACACAGAUACUGUCCUCUCAUUGGACGUGUUCAGAAAAGGCUCUCUCUUUGCAAGCUGUGCAAAGGACAGGUCAGUGCGUGUGUGGCACAUGGACAGUGACAGUGGUCAGGUGCGAUGUGUGGCCCAUGGCUCCAGCCACACUAAUGCUGUGGGCUCCAUCUCCUGCUCCAGGAUGAAAGCAUCUUUCAUAGUGUCUGGCAGUCAGGACUGUACUGUUAAGGUGUGGGAUCUACCAGCAGACUUGUCUACAACAGCGACAGACGUAUAUCAGCUCACCGCCCGCACCACAGAGAAGGUCCACGAUAAGGAUGUAAACAGUGUUGCAGUGUCACCCAAUGACAAGCUGCUGGCCUCGGGCUCCCAGGACCGCACGGCCAAGCUGUGGUCACUGGUAGGGGAGAGGAACGUGGCCCUGCUGGGUGUGUUUCGGGGCCACCGUCGUGGCGUCUGGACGGUCUGCUUCUCUCCUGUUGACCAGGUGCUGGCCACCUCCUCUGCAGACGGCACCACAAAGCUGUGGAGCCUGCAAGACUUCAGCUGCCUCAAGACUUUUGAGGGGCACGACGCAUCAGUUUUAAAGGCCAUCUUUGUGAGCCGGGGCACUCAGCUGCUCACCAGCGGCUCAGAUGGUUUGGUGAAGCUUUGGACCAUAAAGACCAAUGAGUGUGUGAAGACACUGGACGCCCACCAGGACAAAGUGUGGGGGCUCCACGCCAGCCGCAAAGAUGACAAGAUGGUGACUGGGUCGGCAGAUUCCAACAUCACAGUGUGGGUGGAUGUCACUGAAGUGGAGAUGGCAGAGCAGCAGGCCAAACAGGAGGAUCUGAUACUCAAACAGCAAGAGUUGUCCAACCUGCUCCACGAGAAGAAGUAUCUGAAGGCUCUCGGCCUCGCCAUCUCACUGGACCAGCCUCACACUGUACUCACUGUUAUCAAAGCGAUCCAAGAGGGGGAUGACAGCCGCAAGCUGUUGGAGAAGACAAUACUGAAACUUCGGCAGGAUCAGAAAGAGUCGCUCCUGCGCUACUGUGUGGUGUGGAACACCAACGCCAGAAACUGUCUGGAUGCCCAGGCCGUCCUCCAGGUGCUCCUCACACACCUGCCGCCCGAGGAGCUGCUGCAGUACCAGGGUGCACGAACACACCUGGAGGGGCUCAUCCCAUAUACAGAGAAACACAUGCAGAGGAUUGGACAUUUGCUACAGGCCUCUAUGUUCCUGAACUACAUGUGGCAGAAGAUGAGAGUGGCUGGAGCACCAUCCAGGGGCCAAGAUGAAGAAAUGGAUACCACUCCUCUUGCACACACCCAACCUUUCUUUAUGAUUGACAAGGAGAAAGGAAAGGGCAGCAGUGAGGAGAGGCACGAUGACAGUGAUAGCGAACAAGAUGACGAUCCACUUUGCCCUGUUGAAGAAGAGGAGGAUGAAGAUAAUGAGGUCAGCGUCAGUAAGAAAGCCUCCACAAACAACAGGAGAGUAGAAUAUGGAGAGAGCACCACAAAUGACAACAGCCACUCUGAAAGUGAGGAGAGUUCAGAGGAGGAAGACAAUGACCAAGAUGAAAAGGAUCCAGUUAAAACUGUGAAAUGUCUUCCAGUUUCUUCUGCUUCUCAGUGCCAGACCUUUGCAAGCUGACAGGAAUCGGCAAGCCGAACACAGACAACUCGCUUCUGGAGAGCACAAACCCAGGCUCUUAUCUGGAACCACUAGCUGAAUGUGCAGCAGUACCAGAAGAGACAGGUGUGGAGUGAUAAGAAUGUAGAUAAGAUGCCUCUCUGUGCAUUCCUCUUCAGCAGCCCAGUCCUAAAGACUUUCAGCCCUGCACAUCGGUUCUGGUAUUUUAGAAAAAACAAAGGAGGAAGAAGGAAUAGUUGCUUAAAAAUUGACCCCUUGAGCCAGGGUUCCCUUCCUCCACUGCAGAGUACCCAGCGUCUAUAUCUGCAGUAGAGCACAGUCCCGAUUUACCAGCUCACACACAAGGUUCCUUUAUAUAAUCAUGCAGUUUUAUAUGUCUAUAAAUGUUUAUGAAAUAAAAGUUA